AUGGCGCAGCAGCAUGUGGUCUUCGUGAAUAUUGGUGCGGCGGGGCACAUGAACCCCACCCUGCCGGUGGUGUCUGAACUGUGUGCGCGAGGCGUGGCAGUGACUUACUUCGUCGAAGCGAAGAUGCGAGAGGUGGUGGAGGCUGCGGGGGCCCACUGGAAGCUCCUCGAGGGACACAAGGAGCUCACCGAGGAGCAGAAGGCGAAGUACGUUCCGGCCGGCAUGCUCCCGGACGAGUACGAGUUUCCCAUGAACAUGCUGGCCCAGGCAGCCGAUCAGUUGCCAGGGCUGCUCUCAGAGUUGAGAAGCCUUAGCCCGCCUCCCACCGUCAUCGUGUACGACCCCUUCCUGCCCCAUCCACUGGUGGCAGCACGCAUCUUGGGUAUCCCUGCGGUGAGCACGCUGACGAUGCCGGGCCCGGGUGUCAUCGCGCGGCCGGCACCGGUCACGGAGAAGUGGGAGUCCAACGAGGUGGUUCGCAGGGCGAGCAAGGAGAUCCGGGACGCCUACGGCGUUGACGUGUUUGAGAAUGGCGGGCUGAUGGAGUUCUACUCCCCACAGGGCAGCAUCGUCACCACCAUUGAUGGGCUCUUCGUGCCACCAGUGCAGGGCAUGCAGCGUGACCGAUUCGGUCACUUUCCCUUCACCUGCGUGGGGCCGUUGGUUGACACAAAGGUGAAGCGCGUGUCCCAUCCCUCCGCGUGCGAUGCGGAGUCUAAGCCGUCCAUGGAGUCCAGCGAACUUCCCUGGGAUGUCAUUGAUUCGGCCGAAUCCAAGCGCCUUGUGCUCGUCUCUCUGGGCACCGUUGCAAACUCCCACCUUUGGGACAAGAAGCUGAGUUCGCAGGCGCUUAACAACGGCCUGGAGAACUGCACCGGCAAAGAGAUCGUGCAGUUCGUCUUCCGAACAGUCUUCGAAGCACUGCAGGAGGAGGAGGACCUCCUUGUGGUAUUGGUCGUGGGUUGUCAGCCUGACGUGCUGGAUGGCCUGCCCACACCGCCUUCCAACUUCAUCGUUCGUAAGACAGUGCCACAGAUUGAGCUCUUGCCGAAGUGCCACGCCUUCCUCUCGCAUUGUGGUGCCAACAGCAUGCACGAGGCGCUUGGCUUUGGAAUCCCGUUGGUUGGCGUGCCGCUUUUUGGAGACCAGGUGCCCAACAGCCUGUCCGUGGCUGAGGCUGGCGCCGGGAUCGCCUUUGCCUCGCCACUGAAGACCCUCACCGGCCCGGGCCUACGCUCCGCCAUGCGGCAGUUGGUGGAUGCUGACCCAGGCAACCCAUUCCGCCAGGCGGCAGUCGGCCUCAGCAAGCGCAUGCAGGCGGCCGGAGGGGUACAGCGAGCUACCGAGGUGAUUCUGGAGACUGCCAUGACUGCCAUGGCCAAGCAGUCUGCUCUUGCAGGUGCCUAG